AUGCUACACCACCAUCAGCUACACCACCAUCAGCUACACCACCAUCUGCUACACCACCAUCAGCUACACCACCAUCAGCUACACCACCAUCAGCUACACCACCACCUGCUACACCACCAUCAGCUACACCACCAUCAGCUACACCCCCAUCUGCUACACCACUACCUGCUACACCACCAUCAGCUACACCACCAUCAGCUACACCACCACCUGCUACACCACCAUCAGCUACACCACCACCAUCAGCUACACCACCAUCUGCUACACCCCCAUCAGCUACACCCCAUCAGCUACACCCCCAUCAGCUACACCCCCAUCAGCUACACCCCCAUCAGCUACACCCCCAUCAGCUACACCCCCAUCAGCUACACCCCCAUCAGCUACACCACCACCUGCUACACCACCAUCAGCUACACCACCAUCAGCUACACCACCAUCUGCUACACCACCAUCAGCUACACCACCACCUGCUACACCACCAUCAGCUACACCACCAUCAGCUACACCCCCAUCUGCUACACCACCACCUGCUACACCACCAUCAGCUACACCACCAUCAGCUACACCACCACCUGCUACACCACCAUCAGCUACACCACCACCAUCAGCUACACCACCAUCUGCUACACCCCCAUCAGCUACACCCCCAUCAGCUACACCCCCAUCAGCUACACCCCCAUCAGCUACACCCCCAUCAGCUACACCCCCAUCAGCUACACCACCACCUGCUACACCACCAUCAGCUACACCACCAUCAGCUACACCACCAUCAGCUACACCACCACCUGCUACACCACCAUCAGCUACACCACCACCAUCAGCUACACCCCCAUCAGCUACACCCCCAUCAGCUACACCCCCAUCAGCUACACCCCCAUCUGCUACACCACCAUCAGCUACACCACCACCAUCAGCUACACCACCAUCAGCUACACCACCAUCAGCUACACCCCCAUCUGCUACACCCCCAUCAGCUACACCCCCAUCAGCUACACCCCCAUCAGCUACACCACCACCUGCUACACCACCACCUGCUACACCACCAUCAGCUACACCACCCCCAUCUGCUACACCACCAUCUGCUACACCACCCCCAUCUGCUACACCACCCCCAUCAGCUACACCACCAUCUGCUACACCACCACCACCAACAGUUUCACCUCCAGCGCCCUCAUCAGCAACGUUUAUUAUUCCUGCUGCUGGGACGUAGGUGUGGUGAGGCCGGGUGCUUUUCCUUCCGAGAGCACGCAGGCCAGAGAGCAUUGUUGUAAGGGGAAGUGCACGAGUCCGGAGUUUGAGGGUACUGAGACCUGCCGCAGACUCAGACCUGCCUCAGACUCAGACCUGCCUCAGACUCAGACCUGCCUCAGACUCAGACCUGCCUCAGACUCAGACCUGCCUCAGACUCAGACCUGCCUCAGACUCAGACCUGCCUCAGACUCAGACCUGCCUCAGACUCAGACCUGCCUCAGACUCAGACCUGCCUCAGACUCAGACCUGCCUCAGACCUCAGCCUCUCAGACCAGACCUGCCUCAGACUCAGACCUGCCUCAGACUCAGACCUGCCUCAGACUCAGACCUGCCUCAGACUCAGACCUGCCUCAGACUCAGACCUGCCUCAGACUCAGACCUGCCUCAGACUCAGACCUGCCUCAGACUCAGACCUGCCUCAGACUCAGACCUGCCUCAGACUCAGACCUGCCUCAGACUCAGACCUGCCGCAGACUCAGACCUGCCGCAGACUCAGACCUGCCUCAGACUCAGACCUGCCUCAGACUCAGACCUGCCGCAGACUCAGACCUGCCGCAGACUCAGACCUGCCGCAGACUCAGACCUGCCUCAGACUCAGACCUGCCUCAGACUCAGACCUGCCUCAGACUCAGACCUGCCUCAGACUCAGACCUGCCUCAGACUCAGACCUGCCUCAGACUCAGACCUGCCUCAGACUCAGACCUGCCUCAGACUCAGACCUGCCUCAGACCUGCCUCAGACUCAGACCUGCCUCAGACUCAGACCUGCCUCAGACUCAGACCUGCCUCAGACUCAGACCUGCCUCAGACUCAGACCUGCCUCAGACUCAGACCUGCCUCAGACUCAGACCUGCCUCAGACUCAGGCCCCGACUCCACCGGGCGCGUAA